UUACAUAACUUUUUAACCAAUAGUAGCACUACAACAUUUAUAAUUAGAGCACUGUCCAAUCGGAUUCCUCACAGUGAUCAUUUCAACCAAUGGGGAGCGUCAGGGAAGGACAACAGGAAGUAAAUGCCCUCUAGUGUCAAACAGAGAUGCUAAAGUGGCGUUCGGACAGGAGUGUUUCACAGCCGGUGGCUACAUACUCGAUUGUCUCCUUUAAAGCGUUUACAAAGAAGCUCGUUUGUGGACUUCGGGGGCUCGUAUCGCACUGACAGACUUUUUCUAUGGGAGAUCUUUGAUCAGUCCAGUUCGAAUGCUAGUAAGCUAACGCCGGGGGGCUAGCUUUUUGUAAUGCUGAAGUUAGCUAGCUUUAGCACGCUAAUACACUGAAUUAUCGGCGACUGCAGUCCGAGUGCGAGGAGAGAGAACACUGCUGAAAUGAUUCAACCUACUUCAAGGUAUAGACCAAACUAACCGCCUUUGACAGCAGUUCUGUGUUGCAAUGAGGAUCACCAAAGUGCAGCUCUGAGGACUCAGAGACAUGAACUCGGUUUCCCCCAGUGCAGCACAGUACGUAGGGGGAGUGAUGCAGGAUGAGCUGGGGGAGAGCCGGCGGCAGCAGCCCUUGGAACGGCAGGGCAGCUUCGGUCUUCAGCCAUCACAGACACAAGAUCCGAGCAGAGAAGCAAGCGGAGAGCCUGAUGAGAUGGACAAACUGAAAGCCAAACUGAUGUCAGCAUGGAACAAUGUCAAAUAUGGAUGGACUGUAAAGUCUAAAACCUCCUUCAAUAAAACAUCGCCUGUUACUGUCCUGGGACAUUCAUACCUGCUCAACAGUGAAGAUGAGGUGGAGCGGUUUGGACUGGCGUUUGUGUCCAGGAUCUGGCUGACUUACAGGAGGGAGUUCCCUCAGCUGGAGGGCUCCACGUGGACCACAGACUGUGGCUGGGGCUGUAUGCUGCGCAGUGGGCAGAUGCUGCUGGCACAGGGACUCCUGGUUCAUUUGAUGCCGAGAGAUUGGGUUUGGCCAGAUGCUCAGCAGCUAACCGAUGUGGACUUUGAGAUGUUCAGACCUCGUUCCCCAGCUCGGGCUGGAGGAGUUCCCAUCCCCUCCUUUGGCUCUCCUCGAGGAUCCAACACCCCUGAGAAAUCCUCGACAAAUGAUCAGGGGCCCAAAUGCAGCCAGAAAAAGAGGUCUGAGUCUGUGAGGGACAGGCAGGCAGAGCCCAUCCACCACAAACUGCUCACCUGGUUUGGGGAUCAGCCCCCAGCACCUUUUGGGGUUCACCAGCUAGUGGAAAUUGGCAAAAGUUCAGGGAAGAAGGCUGGUGACUGGUACGGCCCCUCUAUAGUGGCUCACAUCAUACGGAAAGCAGUAGCCAAAACGUCUGCUGUCCACAACCUGGCAGUUUACGUGGCUCAAGAUUGUACAGUGUACAAAGAGGAUGUGGUGCGUCUAUGUGACCUGUCGCUAAACCAGACUCCCCCGGAUUUGUCCAACCAAGCCUGGAAGUCUGUCAUCAUACUGGUGCCUGUACGGCUGGGAGGGGAGGCCAUUAAUCCGUCCUACAUUGAAUGUGUGAAGAACAUCCUAAAGCUGGAGUGCUGUAUUGGAAUAAUUGGAGGAAAACCAAAGCAUUCACUUUACUUCAUGGGCUUUCAAGACGAGCAGCUGCUGUAUCUGGACCCUCACUACUGCCAGCCUGUGGUCGAUGUCUCACAAGUCAACUUCUCAUUGGAGUCAUUCCACUGUAGCUCUCCCAAAAAGAUGCCCUUCAACCGCAUGGAUCCCAGCUGCACCAUCGGCUUUUAUGCCAAGAACAAGAAAGACUUUGAGUCCCUCUGUUCUGCUGUCAGUGAGGCCCUGUCCUCGACAAAAGAAAAGUACCCAAUCUUCACCUUCGUGGAGGGCCAGAGUCAGGAUUAUGGACUUGAGGGUCACAGCAGCUAUCACAGCGGACCUCCAGCCCACAUUCUGCCGCCAGGGGGAAAACAUGGCAGGAGUAACAACAGAAGAAACAGUGAUGAGUUUGUCUUCCUGUAAGGAUGCUCUCUCAGCUCUCAUCUGUAGGGGGCAGAAGAGGACAUUUCUUUUCCUUUCAAAGGGAAGGAUGGUGCAGCUGCAAGGCAACACAUUUGUGCUUUAUCGCCUUCAAUGGAAAUGAAAACUGGUGGACUCUGUCUUCACCUUAGUGUGGACGGGUAUUAUAAGCUAACAGGCAUUAGUGGGUGUUGGCUGGAGUUUUUUUUACUGGGCAAAAGCAUUAUUUUGGAACGGAUAAUAGAAUGAUUUUUGAUUCACUUGAUCAGACCCCUGAAAAGCCUCAAAGUUGAGUUUGUUUGAGUAAACUGAAGUGCUUCAAAGUACUUAAAUACACUCUUAUUACUGUUUCUUUGUUCUGGAAGAAACUUGAUGCACUGAAGGUGAUGUGUGGUCUUUAAAAUAUUUAAAGGUGCAGUGUGUAGGAUUUAGCAGCAUUUAACAAAACAAACUUGGUAGAAAUGCAAUAUGAUAUUCAUAAGUAUGUCUGAAUUAGUGUUUAAUCACCCUCAUAUAAAAAUGAUUUUGUUUAUGUUGACUUGGAAUGAGUUUUUUAUAUCUACAGAGAAGCAGGCUACCAACUUGCACCGCCGUGUUUCUACAAAAGCACAGAGCGGGCAAACUAGGAACAUACACAUUUUGUAUGAAGUGAGUGUCCAUCCAAAAUCACCGGUCGGGAGACAGAAGGGGUUGUUGUGCGCAAAAUAAUUUGUACUGAUAGACAUUUUUGUUGGUAAUAAUUUGGCCUUUAUCAUGCAUCACUGGAGCUUUUUGUCUUUGAAGGCCACCGUUGGUUCAUCAAUAAGAGGGGUAAGCAAGAAAGUGUUUCAAUCUAGAAUCUGAUGACUAGAUUUGGCUAAAUACUCCCUUUUCUGCACACUGUACCUUUAGUUAAUUUACUGGUGGUAGAGGAGGGAGCCUGAUAUUGUUCUUGACCUGUAUUAUAGACCACCUGCUGUAAAUCUCCUGUUUAUUUUUCGUUCUUUAUGUAUGUAUUUAUCAGAUUUAUGGAUGUGUUUUUGUGUGUGAGAGAGUCAGUGUGAUGUAGCUUAUUUGUUUAGUCUUCACUGAGUAUUCUGCUGUAUUUAGGAGUAUGUUGCACUUACACAGAGGUUUCAAAUUCUUCCAAGUUUAAUCUUAAAAAGAUGAAUAUAUAUUGUUAUGUUGCAAUCUGACCCAAAUUUCGCACAACUGACUGGAGUCUUAAUUUCCCCACAUGCUUUGGCUGUCUUUUUCUCUGAUCAUUAAGAAUAAAACACUUACAGAAAUCUGCUGUUAUAGUUCUCAUAAAGGGCUAUGUCAGCUGCAAUGUUAAGGGAGAAAAUAAAUUACCUUUGAUUGAAGACGGAUGUUUAUAAAAUGCGGCUUGUCAAAUGAUGCAGGUUAAAUAAUCAGGAUACAUUUAAAACCCAAAGUAAAACUCAGAACAGUCUCUGCUCAUAAGUUCAGGUUGAGAGCUUUACUUGGGAAAAUUGUUCAGUUAUCGAGAUCGGCUGAACUUGAAUGGUGUUUUGUUUGCAUCUUAAAGCCUCUUGCAAUAUCGUGUUUUCUUGUCCCUUUUUUUUUUUACAUGAAUGCUACUUCUGCAAGUUGCACUACUACUGUUUUUUUGUCCUGAUUAAACUUCACAACACUGGAAUCACAUUUAACGUGUACCUAGCUCUUUUAAAGUCUAGUUUUUAAAAAGCUUCGGUCUCUUUGGUUUUUAAUGUUAAAUCUUAAAAUGUCAUUGUCUCAGAUGAGUCUGUAACCCACCUUUGUUUUGCAGGUCAUCCCCUGUAAGAAAUAUCUUUAUACUGUGUUCAAUGGAGGGAUGUCAAAUGUUUCAGCAGAUUAAACUUAAAGGCUGUAGAUGAUA